UCAAUAAGUGCCGAUCGUUGAUGCAAGUAUUUCGGUAUAAUUUUUGUGAAUGAAAAUAAAUUCGCAUCGAAAUGAUUGUAAACAGAUUACUGUGUCGAAAUUUUUUUGGAAAAAAAAUUCGUCUGAGACAUCGUUGUUACUCAACAUCGAAAUCAAUAGAUGACAAUAUUCGAAAUAUUGCAAUUUUAGCUCAUAUUGAUGCAGGAAAGACAACAACAACAGAACGAAUGUUGUAUUAUUCGGGCACGACACAUUGCAUGGGUGAAGUGCACCGCGGCAAUACGAUAACCGAUUUUUUGGAGCAAGAACGUGAACGUGGUAUUACAAUAUGCAGUGCAGCGGUUACAUUUCCAUGGAAAGAGUAUCGAUUCAAUCUUCUCGAUACACCGGGCCACAUUGAUUUUACAAUGGAAGUUGAACAGUCAUUGGGAGCAGUCGAUGGUGUUGUGGUUGUACUUGACUCAUCGGCUGGAGUUGAAGCACAAACAGUCACCGUUUGGCAUCAAGCCGACCAUUACAAACUACCAAGAAUGGUUUUUGCCAAUAAAAUGGAUCGACCCGAUGCGAAUUUUCAAAGUUGUUUAGUCGAUUUACAAAAUAAAUUAGAUUGUAUUCCGGUGCCAUUGCAAAUUCCACUAAUGGGCGAAAAAGGGAUAAAAAGUAUAAUCGAUCUACUAGAAUUAAAAGAAUUACGUUUCGAUCAGUCAAAAGAGGGACGCGUUUAUUCUAAAGUACCGUUGUUCGGAGAAUUAUUGAAAAAAGCAAUUGACAAACGAUGCGAAAUUAUCGAUAUAAUGAGCGGUUAUGAUGAUAAAUUGGCCGAUGAAGUGAUUCAAAAUGAUAGUUUGGAAAAUAUCAACAGUUCAAUAAUAAGACAAGCAAUCCAAAGUUUGACAAUAAAUCAAAAUAUUGUGCCGGUAUUUCUGGGGUCAGCCUAUAAAAAUACAGGUGUCCAACUCUUAAUGGAUGGCGUCACAUCAUAUUUACCAGCACCCAGCGAACGAACUUCCAUUUACGAUUGUUUUAAUAAAAGUUUUGCGGGAAAAGUGUUCAAAGUAAUGCAUGACAAACAAAGAGGUGCCUUGAGUUUGGUUCGAGUACUUAAUGGUAAACUGAAAAAAGGGGAUAAAGUUCAUACAUUGAAUGGAACAUCUGAAGUUGUACAACGUAUUUACGAACCAUUGGCCGAUGAAUACCGUGAAAUAGAUGAAGUAAGCAAAGGAAAUGUUGGAAUAUGUGCUGGUCUCAAGACAACUUCAACUGGCGAUUUGCUUGUGUCGAGUAUGAAAUCAUUUAAUGCAGCUAAAAACGUGCUCGAAUCAAAAGGUGUUAAACUUCAAUUAAAACCACAUAUUCCCGAUGCUGUUUAUUUUUGUUCAAUCGAACCGCCAUCGAUUUCCUAUCAAACGGCUCUUGAAAGAGCUCUCGCCCAACUACAUCGAGAGGAUCCAAGUUUUCGUGUUAGCUACGAUGAGAAUACAAUGCAAACCGUUUUGGGUGGAAUGGGUGAACUUCAUUUGGAAAUCAUAAAAUCUCGAAUUCUGAGCGAAUAUAACAUUGAAGCCGAUUUAGGGCCAUUACAAAUUGCCUAUAAAGAGACAAUUUUGCAACCAAUUCGUGAUACAUUCGAAUUUAAAAAGGACAUUGCCGGUUCAUCGCAAGAAGUUACCAUUGAAAUGUCACUGGUUUUGGAUAAUAAAAAACAAUUUUCGCUCGAUACACAUCCGGAUACAAUUCAGGCACUAAUUGACAUUCAUCCAAAUUAUAUGAAAGGCGUAAAAAAAGCAGUUGAAUCAACAUUAAAUCGAGGACCACUGGUGGGCGGCAUCGUUAUGGGCACUCAAGUUAUAUUACACAAAUUGGUGAUUGGCCGAAAAACGGCCGAAUCAGUUGUAAUGUCGGCCACAGCACAAUGUGUACAAAAAAUGCUUCGCAAAGUCGGUUGCAAACUUUUGGAACCAUUGAUGUCAAUUCAAAUUAUUGUGCCGGGUGAUAAAUUAUCGGCAGUACUGAGCGAUCUGACGAAACGACGAUCGGAAAUUUCAGAAGUUGUUAUUCGAGGAGACAAUCGGAUUGUCCACGCAAUCGCUCCGUUAGCUGAGCUUAGCGGAUACUCAAGCAAAGUUCGAAUAUCUACAUCUGGAACGGCCAGCAUGCUCAUGCAACCAUGUGGCUUUGCGGCCAUGAGCGAAGAACAACAAGUGCAUGCAAUUCGACGAACGCAAGGACUAGAAUAGUCAAUUGUUUAUUGUAUUAUAUAUUGUAAAGAAUUAUUUAUCGAAAAUAAAAUGAAUGAACUUGGAAAAAACCACCGAAGAAAAUGA